AUGAUGAAGGGCUCUCAAAUCUUAAAGGAAGCCAGGAAAUUCCAUCAACACAUGAGCAACACACACUGCUGCUACUCCACCACUAACUCUCCUGUUCCUGUGGCUGUGGAUGUGGAUCCAUUUGCUGCCCACCCUUCACACCACCACCUCUCCAUUAUCGAAUCCAAAUCCCAACUCCUGAAAUCUUACACAGUUACUCCCCCAAUCAAACCCUGGCCUCAAAAACUCUAUCCCAAACGCCUUGUCUCCAUCAUCACCCGCCAACAAAACCUUGACCUUGCCCUCCAAAUCUUCUACCAUGCUGGGAACUACCACCCUGGCUUUGAACAUAAUUACGAAACCUACCACUCCAUCAUCCACAAACUCUCUCGUGCACGUGCCUUUGAACCUGUUGAAACCCUUCUUUCCCAGCUACAGAAAUCAAGCAUCAAGUGUGGGGAGAAUCUUUUCAUCGAUGUCUUACGUAAUUAUGGAAUUGCCAGCAGACCAAAAGAUUCCUUACGCAUCUUCUUGAGGAUCAAGGACUUUGGUGUCACAAUAUCCGGUGAUAUAGAAGGUGCACUCAAGGUGCUCGAUGAAAUGCCAGCAAUGGGGAUGGUGCCGAAUGUUGUGAGUUAUACUACUGUAAUGGGAGCUUAUGUUUUUAAAGGAGAUAUGGUGGGUGCAAAGAAGAUGUUUGAUCAGAUUCUUGAUAGAGGAUGGAUCCCUGAUGCCACCACUUACACAAUCUUGAUGGAUGGGUUUUGUAAGCAAGGGAGAUUGGUUGAUGCUGUGAGAGUGAUGGAUGAGAUGGAGGAUAAUAAAGUUGAGCCCAAUGAUGUUACUUAUGGGGUUAUGAUCGAAGCUUUUUGCAAAAACAACAAGACAGGUGAAGCUUUGAAUUUGCUAGAUGAUAUGUUUGAGAAGAAAUACGUGCCGACUUCUGCUCUUUGUUGUAGAUUGAUUGAUGUGUUAUGUGAAAAUGGGAAGGUUGAGGAUGCAUGUGAUCUAUGGAAGAAGCUCUUGCGGAAGAAUUGUACUCCUGAUAAUGCCAUAUCAAGUACACUUAUACACUGGUUGUGUAAAAAGGGGAAGAUUUGGGAAGCGAGGAAGUUGUUUGAUGAGUUUGAAAGGAGUUCGAUUCCUAGUGUUUUAACUUAUAAUACCCUGAUUGCUGGAAUGUGUGAGAUGGGAGAGUUGUGUGAGGGUGGUAGGUUGUGGGAUGACAUGGUGGAGAAGGGAUGUGUUCCUAAUGCAUUUACAUAUAACAUGUUGAUCAAAGGGUUUUGUAAAGUUGGUAAUGCAAGGGAAGGGGUUAGGAUUUUGGAGGAGAUGUUGGGGAAGAGGUGUUUACCGAAUAAAAGCACUUAUAAUAUCAUACUUGUGGGGCUUUGUAACUCAGGGGAGGAAGAUGAAGUGAUGAAGGUACUUGAGAUGGCUGCUUCAAGUGGACAAAUGAUUGAUGCGGAUGUUUGGCAACUUCUUGUAACAAAGUUUGGUAGUAAUUUUAGUAAGAUAGGAGAAGGCCUUUUUCAUUCCACAUUGCUAAAGUAA